AUGGGAGGAACGGACUUUUUGCGCCGAAGACAAACUAGUAGUUUUCACACUCAGGCAUAUACUGCGUGUAAUUGGAAGAUGCGGGGCAUUGGUUCCUCUAGGAAUGAUAGGGAUUUAGGUGUGGAUUCAUUGAACCCUCACGGUAGCGAUGAUAGGCCCUCGAUGCAAUCACGGCACUUGUUGCUCCCAAACGAGGUCACAUUUCUCUCUCGAGCCAAUUCCACUCUUAUCAGCCUAAAUGCACAAGAUGCCGAGUUGCGCGAGAACGUUUCUCAUGCUGGAGGUGAUGCGCUUUACGGAGCCCCUGCGAACGAGAGGUCAAGCUCAUCUUGUUCAUUGAAGGCGAUUUUAGGGCUAUGGCCGCCAAUACGUAAAUUUCCUCGGUGGUAUUGGUCUAGACUUACAGGCUACGAUCAGUCUAAGAGCGUGUAUGGCUUCUUUCCGUCAUGGGAUUUAUUGAUAACUUUUGCUUUUGUUUGCGUUUCGAUGCUUGUAAUGGCUCUUAUUGAGUUUUACUUUCUUCAUAAAUACGCGAUUCACCUGAUCCUAUUUAUUCCCACCUUUGGCGCUAGUGCAACCAUUCUUUUUGCUGUUCCUGGAGCGCAUGUGGCACAACCCCGGGCCUUGUUUUUUUCCCACAUCUCAGCAGCAAUUUUAGGCGUUUCCGCUGUGAAUGCUUUUCAGUUCGUGCCUGAAAAAACGUUUGGGCUCAAAUGUGUAGCGGCUUUGGUGGUCGGUCUACACCUUGUUCUUAUGUGCCUAACAAACACAGCUCAUCCUCCUGCUAGCGGAACGUGCAUCUCGGCCGUCCUUGCGCCACUCAAUGGAUAUUAUCACGAUCAAGGCUAUCUAUUUCUCGUUUUCCCCGUUCUUGUUGGUUGUAUGCUCUUGUUUUUAUUUGCGUGGAUACUGAACAACAUGCUGGAGAGUCGUUCUCCAUACCCCAAGUACUGGUUCUAG